GAGGAAGAGUCAAAAGCCUUCUCCUGAGGCCGCCGAGAACCGUCAUGGAAUCACUCCGUUCUUCACUGAGCUUCAACUGGCUCUCUGUCAGGUUCUUCACGAAGGGCUGGGACAUCUUUUUGAGGGAAGAAGCUUCGGGUUUGGCCUUCCUCUGUGGUUUGGUGGCUAUCGUCGACUACCUCCGGGGAAACAGCAUGGCGUGCAUGGCAGCCCACGCGUGCAUGGUCAUUCUCGUUCGCAGGAUUCUUGCGGGCGGGAUCUGCACCUCCACCCGACGCCUGGACGGCAAGACGGUCGUCAUCACCGGCUGCAACUCGGGCAUCGGGAGGGAGACGGCUCUGGACCUCAGUGGCCGAGGUGCCAAGAUCAUCAUGGCUUGCCGCGACACCAAGACAGCAGACAAAGUGGCCAAGGAAAUCGGGCGUCAGACCGGCGGGGAAUUGGUUGUGAUGAAGCUGGACCUUGCCUCCCUGGCCUCCGUGCGGGCCUUCGCCGAGGAGCUCAAGGCCAAAGAAAGUCGCAUUCACAUCCUCAUCAAUAAUGCAGGUGUGAUGUUCUGCCCCUACAGCAGGACGGAGGACGGCUUCGAGAUGCAGCUGGGCACAAACCACUUCGGACACUUCCUCCUGACGAACCUCCUGCUCCCUCUGCUCACCCACUCGAGGAGGCGCGGGUGGUCACCCUCAGCUCUCUGGCGCAUUCAUGGCGUUAUUCCCUUCGACGACCUGACCUACGAGAAAGGCUUCGACCGCAACCAGUCGUACGCGAACAGCAAGGUCGCCAAUAUUCUGUUUACGCGCCAUCUUGCGAAGAAGGUCAAAGGCACGAACAUCAAGGUCUUCUCGCUGCACCCUGGGGUCGUCCAGUCCAACCUGUGGAGGCACGUUGCGGGGGCGUUUGCCUCCUCCUGGUAUGCUGCGCUCAUCUCCAAGAGCAGCAUGGAGGGCGCGCAGACCACUCUAUACUGUGCUCUUGAGGCAGAGCAGAAUGACUAUAGUUAUUACUUCAACGACUGCGCUGCGGGUUACGCCUCAGCACUUGCGAGGAACGAUGACAUAGCUGAGCGUCUGUGGCGGGUCUCGGAGAAGAUGGUGAAGCUCGAGUAGGAAAUUAGAAAAAAAAACUAAUGAGAGAGAGAAGAUUCGAAAGAAGGAUGGCAGACAAGGGAUUUAUCUGUUCUCAUAACAAUUGCGCCUGAACCGAAAGCUGUAAUUCUUGUAACAAUUUACAGUUAGAUCAGGCUUUAUGUGAGCCGGAAGUGGAGAAGAACAGGUGUCCGCACCGAGUGUACAAAACUUGAAACGCGCGCAGAUCCCAGAGCAGCCCUGUUAGUAUCUAACUGGAAAACAUUCGUGAAAACCGAUCAUUUUGGACGUGGUUGAGGCAAGGUCUAUUCAAGUACUUAUAUAGACCUUGGGUCAAGAGAGAUGCAAAUGGUAUCGCGAGAACUUUUUGACAAUAAUGUGAAGGAUAUUGAUGAUAAUAAUGUUGGCCAAGGCAUU